AGGAGGACAAGGAUUUGUUGGUUGGAGACAAGCAAAACCAAAGAUGAAAAGCACGCGGAAAAUGGGUGCAGCCACUCACACAAAAGACCCCUUGCUGUAAACGGCGUUGAGCUAUAAAAGAACAGCACCCCCAUCUUCCUUUAAAUGACCCCCCACGACCCCCCUUUCUCUGGUCGAAGUGCAUUGUGGGGAAAGUCGUUGCCAUUCGACCUCUGUAGGGCCUGCGCGGACGCAGCUAGAACCCUGAAAUUCAUUAUGCGUUUUAAAGCUUUAUUUAUUUCCGCAUAACCUACAUACUCUCACCAGGAGGCCAAAGUAGGAAAAAACGAUAAACAGACAUUUAAUUCGGAUCCGCAACAUAGAAUACUUUAAUAUAUCGACAUUAGUCGGUAGGGAUAUUGUUAAGAAAGUGGUAUAUUUUAAUAUAUUAAGAAAAUGUCUGGGGAGAGAAACCGCAGGUCGCUGGCGUUCAGAGGAGGUGGAUUAGCCGUAACCGGUUCCAGUGGUGUCGGGGGGAGCAACAGUAACAGCUGGGAGGCCCAGGCCUGUCAAGACCGAAAUUUGAACGGGAACAGACCAGAUCAAGAAGAGGAUAGGGAUCUGGGGGCAAAAGGACCAUCGCAAGAGAGAGUGGAGGGUGGGGGAUCUGUCAGCGAUAGCACAGAACCAGAGGCAGAGGAGGAAGAGGACCCGGAAGGGGGCAACUGGGCAGACGGGAACGGAGAUGAUCGUGUCGGUUGGGUGGCAGUAACUGUCAGAAAAGACGAGUCCAGGAAAGGGAGUAACUGGACAGCGGGUAACGGCCUGAACAGCGAGGACAGAGGCGAAGCGGGGAGCGGGGGAGACGGGGAGCAGGAAACGGGUGGUGCCAGGAAGUCUUGGGUAGAAAUGAGACCGCAGACGUUACUCCAGAAACAUUCGCCAUUCCAAGCAUCAUGGCGACAGGAGUUCCCAUGGCUCAAAUUUUGCCAGGAGACGGGACUUAUGUCUUGCUCCUGGUGUCACAACAUUGCCACUAAAAACAACGACGAGCUGGUGAAAGGCAGUCGAAAUUACAAGCGGGCCUUGCUUUUGAGACAUCACCUGUCUUCUGAGCACGGAAGGAAUGAUCCGACCAAGCAGGAGCUGGAGCGGCCUGGCUGUGAGGACCCCCCCCAGGGGACAGACAUGGAGACAGAAGACUACUACAGGAACAACAAACCUAACCAGGACUCCUACUGCUACCAGCUGCUGCAGGAGCUAAACAAACAACGCAAGGGAGGAAUCCUCUGUGACGUCAACAUCGUGGUGAGUGGAGAGGUGUUCCGGGCGCACAAGAACAUCCUCGUAGCCGGGAGCCGCUACUUUAAGACCCUCUACUGCCUGACCAAGAGCGAGAACACUUCCUCAUCAUCCUCGUCAUGUGACCAGACGACCACAGUCACCGACACCCACCUCGACGUGGCGGCAGUGGCAGGUUUCUCGGUCAUCCUGGACUUCCUGUAUAGCGGUAACCUCCUGCUGACCAGUCAGAACGCCAUCGAGGUAAUGUCCGUGGCCUCCUACCUCCAGAUGACGGAGGUGGUGGGAUCGUGUCGGGGGUUCAUCAAGGAAGCCCUCAACAUCAGCAUCAAGCAGGAGGCCCCCGACUCAGUGGUGGUGGAUUACAACAAGAGGAGAACGGUGGCCAAAGACGGAGCUGGACAGGUGGGCUCAGACGGCAGCACCAACAAGAAGCCUGGGAGUAACUUCUGGGCCACCAGCAUCCUGUCCAAGCUGUCAAUCAAAGCCAGUGGUCAUGUCCAGGAUGGGGAGCAAGCAGGGGGAGGCAGUGUAAAGGAGGAACCCAGUGACGUGGAGCUGUCUGCAGGGGAGGGCUGCGCCCUGGGAAGCUCCAGCUGGGGCUGUGAGAACUCAUCCGAGUCUGCUGAGAACGAGCCUCCGAGCGUUCCGGGACCGGGGCCGGUGUUCGUCUGGAACGAGCCGGCUCCCGGGGCUGCGGCGGGCAGGGUGGUGGCGGUGAAGAGGGAAGGUCAGAGGGUGCAGCCGGGGAGCGGACGGAGGAAGAAACAGAUCACGCGGCGGUUCGUCUACAACAUCCCACCAGAGCCAGAGGAAGGGUUUGAUGAGGGGAUGUUCAUCCAGCCCUCAGCCUCCUAUCCCAGGGAGGACUUCUCCUUCCUCUCUGAGAACGCCGAACUGGCCAACCAGAUUCAGUACAGCCUCCUACAAGACUCCUCCCAGCAAGGAGAGUCCUGGGAGAAUGGUGAGUCGUCCGACACGGCCCUGAAUAAGCUCAAGUGUCCCCACUGUAACUACAUCGCCAAGCACCGGAGAACACUGAAGAGACACCUCAUCAUUCACUCCGGCGUCCGCUCCUUCAGCUGUGAUAUCUGUGGCAAGCUGUUCACCCGCAGAGAGCACGUCAAGAGACAUUCCCUGGUGCACAAAAAGGACAAGAAGUACAAGUGCAUGGUAUGUAAAAAGAUCUUCAUGCUGGCGGCCAGCGUGGGGAUCCGGCAUGGCUCGCGGCGCUACGGCGUUUGUGCGGAAUGUGCGGAAUGUGCAGAUUCCCACCAGGCCACACAGGAGGGCCUGGAGUCCCUGGAGGGGUUCGUCCGUGAAGACGAUGACUUCGAGGAGGGAGGAGAGGGGGAGGAGCCUGACGAGGACAUGGCUGAGGAGGGGGAGGAGCCUAACGACAACGACCAAUCCAACUGGGAGGAGGGUGACACUGGUGCUGCCCUUGAGAACGAGUAGUGACUUGCUCAGAUAGAAACAAAAUAGUUGACGAAUUAUACAUUUUAAAAAGCUGGUAAACAAUCAAAGUGCUAUCAAACCUUGAGGUUAUUUACACGGUUCAGUGUAUGAGACAAAGAGAAGCUUUGGUAGCGAGGGACUCCAAGAUGUACAGAUAUUCUAUGUGUCAGACUCUGUGCUUAGUGCUCACUAGAGAAAGAGAUAAAAAUGAAAUAUUGAAAUCAGGUUUAUGGUGCUGUAUUUUAUUUUUGGGGGGAGGGGGUUGGUGGUGUACAGCGGUUUAAGUUACGAUAGGCCAAUCAUCUUUAAAAUAAAUGUUAAUUAUUUAAUUUAUGAAAGAGAAGUUAUUAUGGUCUUAUUAAAUAUACUUUGUUUUCUGUUUUGUUGUAAACUGCUAUCAGAGAAGUUCCCUUUCAGAUUUGGACUUUCUGUCAAGUCUGAAAGUUUAUUGUUAGCUGCGUGUUUUAGCAUAAAGUACGUCAAAGAAAGAGAGCAUUAUUUGCCGACAGGAAGAUUUUAUGUUUAGAUGCUCUGAACAUUAUAAUUUUAUAUUUUAUCUUUUCCAUGCACAAAUCUUGGAACCAAAAAAUCUGUUUGUGACUAAUUUAUCACAGCCAUAUUUAUGAGUUUAAUUUAAGUGGGCUGUGCUAUGUGCCAAGCAGAACGCACACCAAGAUUUAGCAGGAAAUAAGAAAACUACUGAAAAAUGCUGCGAAAAAAUAUGAAAGGGAUACUUGGGUAUUUUGGCAUUGAGGACCGUUAUCUACUUCCCCAGAGUCGGAUGAAGUCGUGGAUACAAUGUCUAUGUCUCUGAGUCCAGUAUGAAGGAAGUUAGAGGUAGUUCCACUAGUCAAUACUAACUAACUUUAGCACAAUGACUGGAAGUCUAUGGGUAUCUACUCACCUGCUAGCACAUACCCAUAGACUUCCUGUCAUUGCGCUAACGCUGGUUAGCAUUGGCUCUCGACAGUAACUUCCUUCAUAAUGGACACAGAGACAAAAAAUAGUAUUCACGACGUCAUCGGACUCUGGGAAAGUAGAUAAGGCCUCAUUACCAAAAUCUUGUUGUAUCCCUUAUAAAGCAGAGAGAAAAUAGAAAGUGAUUCAUAAAAAAGCAGUGAAAGUAUACGGGGAAUUGUUAUUUGCUUGCUUUGUAUGAAUCACAGCACCACACAGUAACACUUUAUAAAGCAUUUUGACAUUAAUUUAAAGCUUGAAUUUUGCCAAAUGAUGGAAAUGAUUGGUGCUGUAAUGCUUAUGUCGCAAAAUACUGGACCUACGGCUGUAUAUGAUGUUUCUAAUCAUGAAGCUUGAAAUGACUCAGUUAUAUGUAUUAAUCAGCUCUCUAUAGAACACUGUUUUGCUAUUGUCUUUUCUUAUUUAAUGCUCACACACUCACAUACCAUUUUGGAGAACUACCGACAGUACUGGACCUAAGUUAAGAAGAUAACUUUAUAUAUAUAUAUAUAUAUACAUAUACAUGGUUUAUGUUAGGUACUGAGUAUAUAUAUAUAUAUGCUAUUAUUAACUUGAACGUUGGGUGUAAGGUGGUAUUUGAAGAGUGCCGAUAGAUCAUAAUAUGUGAUUUAUGACCUCUGAAAGAGAAACUCCAUUUUCAAAAGUAAUGAUAUUUUUACAAUCAGUUUUUAUUGAAUUUGUUUAAGUCCUUUUAUUUUGUCUGCCAGGUAGGAAAACACUUUGUUAGAUAUAAAGUGAAGCUCUAUGGCCAUCAUAGACAUGCACUUACUUAUUUUUGUUUGGCGUUCAUGAAAAUCAUUUAGUCUUUGUUUGCUUCCCCAAAGAAGGUCUGAAUGGAACAAUAUUAAGACAGUCUUUUCUCUUCCGUGCGGAACAUUUUUUUAAGACAUUUUGUUAUUUAAUAUUAUAUUGACUCCAAAAUGCAAUCAAGACUGUUAAUUUCUAUCUGUUUGUCCAAACAAAAUAGUUUAUUAUUGUUGAGAUGAUGUAUUAAAAAAGCCAGGUAAAUUCUAUAGUGUGUAGAUCCUUGCUUGUGUAUGUAAUCGUCAGAUUUAAAUGUUUUUAUAAAAAAAAAAAAUCAUUCACUUUACCUUAGAUACAUAUAUAGUUUUAUUUGUCCUUUACAAAGAUGUAUUUACUUUUCCUUUUUAUUUCAUUAAGAACAUAUUUUAUAAGAAAUAUGGAUUGUUUGAAAUGUAGGAACAGCAGUUUCUGUCCAUAUGCAGUGGAUAUAUAUUGAAGUGCUACAAUUAUACAGAAAUGUUUGAUCUCCCUUUUCUCAAAGUGGAAAUGUAUUUAAAGGAAACCUAUAGUAAGUUUCUCAUCCCUGUUUGUAAAAUAUCAUUUACCUUCAAAUCACUGUGGGGAAAAAAAUGUAAGUAGUUGAUUUUACUUAAUGAAACACACAGUCCGCUGCAGUCAGCUUGUUUAAAACCUUGGCCUGGCUUUGUGUCGUGUCUUGGUUGCAUUCAGAAGGCACACAACGGAAAACGAGUGAAACGGGGAGGUGCUUUGCUAUCUGUACUUGUCCAAUAAGAAACACUGGUUUUUGUUUUCCGUUGCAAAAUGCGUUGCUACGUUGUGCCCUAAUGAACACAACCCUAGCCUUUCUCUCUCCUCUCUGGGUCUGUGUGUGUGUGUGCUCACACCUGUGCUUAUCCAUUUAACCACCCUGUUUCUGGUUUUUAUACUAUCCUUUGACUCCCUUACUGUACAACCGAUGAUCUCAAGAUGUAUUGUUUUAGAUUUUAUUAUGCUGUACUAUAAUGGACAAAACAAACAAAACACUAAUACAGAAACAAGCUUUUUUUAAAGGUGUAUUUUUCAACUCUCUUUUCAAACUACAGUGAUGCAAAACCAAUGGGCCUUUCUUGGGCUCAACCCCAAACACAAAACAAGUCAGGUUACUCUUUAUAUGUUUUUUCAAGGUUUUCAAAAUUAAAUUCUCCUUUUUCUGUUUCAAUUGUACUACUGUUCCUCUAUAAUACAUUUAAAAAAAUAAAACUUUGAUAAUGCUUAAA